AGGGUGGGGUGCGCAGUUGAGGGGGCGAAGAAGAAGAGGAAGAAACACACUCGCAGGACGGUUCGGGCUGAGUGAAGGAGUGACAUUUUCCCUCUGAAACGCGGGGGAGAGAGUCUGGUGGUGGGGGGGGGGUCAAUUCAGCGUAUUGAUAAUGGAAUGGGAAGGUGAUUACCUAUUGGAUCAUUCCUGCUCAGAUUGUUUCUUGGACACUUUACCAGGUGACCUGGAUUUGGCGCUGGGUGACAUUGAAGAGAGGUUGAAGGAUAAUGCUGCGUGCAUUGAGCAGACUGUGAGGGAGUUGCAGUCAGACCUGAGUGAGUUGGGUGUGGGAGAGAAGCUGCAGAACACUGGAGACUGUCUACAGUGGUUAAGUAAUCCCAAUAUCUCUUCUGUGAAACCAUUCUCCACUCCAUGUGACCAACUGACAGAUUUUUUUAAAGCCCUGCAUCAAUUUCUGAAGACUGAAAAAGGCCCAGAAGAAACAAUCCUGCAGCUGCUUCUGGAUCUCUCUGCGGAAUGUGGUGUUGUGUUUCCUUUGAAUUCUACUGGGUCUUUAUUUACGGUUCCCUCUGCUACUUCAGUUCAUGCCAUCGAGGACAGUGACUCCUUACAUUUGCAGUCUGUGUGGGAUGAUGUGAGAUUGCAUCUUCGUAGGUUCCUAGUUGAUAAGCUUCAAAGCAAUCAAGAAAUGAAUAAUCUACAUCAAAAUGUUCAGUUCAAAACACAGUGUCUUCAGCGGCUUCUGUUCUUGUAUCCAGAAUCCGAAGUUCUAACCAAAUAUCAAAAUAUCCAGAGCAAAUCUGUGCAAGAUCUGUUCAAGAACAGUCUACUAAACAAUUCUGGUGAGAUCAGUUUAGACAAAAUGGUUCACACAUUUCAAAACUUGAUCCCUAUGGUGUGCACUAUGAUGAGACAAGAUUUAUAUGUUCUACGUACCCUUAUGGAGACCUCUAAAGUACUGAAGUUUGUCAAUGAUACGUACCUACAGAAUAUUGCAGAAGAACUCUUCACUUUGGUUGAAAGGUUUUGCGAGCAACAAUUGAGGGAAAAUGUGAUUCACCUGGCAAAGACGAGCAAAAGCUCAAAUAAACAAAAAGGAACAGUACAGCCUGCAGUUCUACAGGAGCAGACCAAGAAGGCAAGGAAUCUGUGUCUGACUGCCCAUCAACUGCAGUGUUUAUCACAGAUGAUGAAGAUUCUCCUUCAUAUGGAAGAGCGGGUGGAGUAUCUAGCUGCUGAGGUCUUUUUAGGAAGCUGUGUCAGAGAGCAAGUCAGAAAUGUUCGAGGUGUAUUAAAGAAGACCUCCGAAGACAUUGACAUGUCUCCUGUAGAGAUGAACAAAACCAACAUACAAACUGAACAGCUAUUGUUUGUCACUGAGUCAGUAUCUCUUGAGUCUGAUUGGAGAGAUGCUUUUAAGGACUUGGCACCCUCUGCAGCCCACUGUUUAAAGUUGGUAAUUGAAGAUGCAUGUGCAAAGAGCCUGCAGCAAGAAAUGAAGCAGUCCAUGUCAGGUAUAUAUUUGGUGACAAGCAUUCAACCAGCAGACGUGAAUUGGGUUCAUUGCAUGGAAGAGGAGCAAUCAAAAAAAGUUGCAAAGUUUUGUUCUGAUAUCAUGGAAGAACUCGACACAUUACUUCCACUAGCCCUGGCAAGCAGCGAGAACUUUCUUCAGGAAAUUAGAGCAAACUUUGUAGAUGGAUGUUCUAAAGUAGCUGCAGCUAUCCUGUCCAGGCUAGAGGAGAGAAGUAAAGAGGUGCCCUCCAAGGCACCAGUGCAAAACUUGUACAUUAUCCUCUCCUCAGCAAUGUUCAUCCAUAGGCAGUUAAAUCAUUAUGAGAAUUUGCUGAAAGAGUCGAGCAAGAAGCCAUUGUUCCUCCUGCCAAUUCAACGAUAUCAGGAAUUCAUCACAGUUGUCCAGUUUCAAGUUACAGAUUACUGCGUAAGAAUUUGCGCUACAAGCAUUCUCCAGGAUGCAGAAAGCCACCAUUGGGGUGACUCAAAACCUUUUUAUGAGGGGGAGAGGUGCUCUUUUUCCAUCCAAAUGUGGCAUUAUUACUGCAGUGCUCUCCGAUAUGAUCUGUAUAACGUGUUGCCCUCCACAUUAGCACAGGAGCUCCUAGCUGAAGUGUUGAGUGAAUGCUUAGCUAUUCUGGCAUGCAGAUAUUCUCAGUCUUGUCCUACGUAUAACAGAACUUCACAGAUAAGAAUAGAUAUUACUGCGAUACUUCUGUGUACCGAGAAUCUGUUAUGGUCAGUUUGCCAUUCAGACAAAGCACUGCUUCAGCCUGAAGAGGGCAUCUCUCGGUGGAUCUUCACAAUUCACAGCUAUUGCAACACCCUUCUUUCAAUUCUUGCUAUUUUAACAUCGCCACUUGAGAAACUUUACGAGCUGUAUCAAAAUGGUUUCCCUGAAUGUAUCUCGUCAUUACCAUCAGAAUCAGACAACAGAUGCUUGCUACAAUGGUUACGUAUAAUGCAGUCCUAUCUUUUCUCUAACGCAUCACUAAGCCCUUUGUCAUCUGAUAAAAUAGCAGUCCAGCGACAUCUUAAAUUGCUGUUAUCACAGCCCAGCUACAACUGGAACUUACUACUGCAGAUGCUUGUUCUUCAGGAUUGUCUGAUACCUCGAAUUUUAUUGAGUGAUAUAUAUGUUGAUAAAGAAAAAAUUGAAGAUGAUGUGAGCGCAAAGGAAAAAACUGAUAAAGAAUCCAAAUUGGUACAGGCAAUCGUUAUGGUGAUGACAUACUGUGAAUCAUUGCCCAGAUGUCUCAGCGCCAUUCUUGAAGGCUAUAUUGACAGACACCAGCUGUGGGAUCAGUUGUAUAAUCUAUCAGCUGCAGAUACAUCAGAAGCAGCAGUGUUGAGAAGCCUGAAACAGUUUAUAUCCAAACCGAUGAAGAAAAUUCUUAAGCAGGUUAUUUCCUUAAUUCUUGUGUGGCAAGCAGUAGAGAAUCCUAGUAUCCAUCACCAUAAGCAAAUACUUCCAGAAAGUUUGCUCAACAAAAUUCCGAAAGAAUGGGAUUAUAUACCAAGGGAAAUUAAAAGAAGAGAAUCUGGGAAAAGUUUCACAAGACUUGUGGCUCAGGCUGUUUCUAUUGUAAUUGGUAACACACCUGCAGCAAUUGCAUCAUUGCCCUUACCAAUUAAAUUUCUCUUUAAUUUAGUAGAAAAAAAACUUAAUAAGAAUAAUCCUGACCUCAGACAAACAUGCCUUCUUUGGUGUUUCAUUAUGAUUGUUUGUCAAAUUCUGGAAGAUGGAAAUGCUAUUGAGUUUUUGACGAGUAUUACAAUAGAUAGAUGGAGCAAAGAAAAACUGAGUUUGCUGAGUGAAUGUCUGCAGACUAUUAUGGGACAACAGAAAAGAAGCCCUAACCAAAUAGUGCAGAAGGUUAUCCAUUGCCUGGAAAAAGAAAAACCUAAAUGGAUUGAAGACCAACUACGAAAAGCUAGAAGAUUGUGCACAGAAAGUGCAUUUUUCACAGACGAAGGCUCAGUCUUACAGGAGAAAGGCAGUUUGGUUGAACUGACUGAGCAGAAAAUAAGCAUGAUGGUCCUGGAUAUCUGCCACAAGCCAGGUGGCAGUGAGUACCUGAGGCAAAUUUAUCACAUCAUCCAACUCAAUGAGGACUUGUUGGAAAAACAGCUCUCUUCUCAGAAUUCUUUGGAUGACAAUGGGACCUCUCUGAAGUCUUUGGAAUUGACUUUGCUGGAUUUACCACAACCUAUGAUUUUUAACCCCUUGCAGGUGUUUAACCAUAUUGGUUGCAAACAUUUUGAUCAGUCGGCUAUAUCUGAGUGGAACUGGGAUUGGUCACAAUUGCUACACAGUAAUCUGGGACUGAGUCAGUUGACCUUCAGGGCUCUUCUAGCAAACAGAUGGGAAAUGAAAGCUGACACUCCUCUUGAAGAAAAAGAAAAACAUAUGAUUGAGCACCUACAAACACUAUAUUUGAACAGCAACAAAGGACAGUGAAAACCCUACCACCAUGUUACAUGGAAAUAUUUCAACAGUUUUAGAGACCACUCCAUUUAUUGUUUUUUAGUUAAAAUUCAAAAGUUAUAUAAAAUAUCUGAAGCAAUAGAUGAAUGUGAAUAGGUAAAUAUUCAUAAAUAGAUCUCAUGUUUCUUCUAUUCUUACCCUGUGUAAGCCACAGUCUAACACUUCAGUGAAAAUUUUAAUAUCUUGUAAGUAGUCUGAUUUAUGAAACUGUAUUUACAUGACAUUUUUAAAGGAGUCAUGGAUGACUUAUUAAAUAUUAAAGACUCAAUACUAUGCUGUGGUGUGAUAUUGUUUUCAAUGACACAUGCUCAUUAUAGUAUCAACAUUGUGCCACACUUAUUUUAAAAUGUGUAUAAAUAAUUAAUUGUUUUAUGUAUUAAAUUUAUUUGACUGUACAGGCAUGCAUUUAAACAAAUUGCAUGCUUUUUUUAAAAAAAAUGAGGAUCUGUUAUAUCCUAUCUUUACAGAGAGUGUUUGAAGAAUUACUUUAUUUUUCUCAGUUUUAAUAAAGUUCCUCCUGAGAACUUC